AUGGCGGGCCAAUCCCACAGCCGAGACCGGUACGGCUCACGCGAGCGCGAGCGCUCCCGCCGCCCUCGAGACCGCGAGUACACGCGCGGCCAGUACGACGACGAGCCAUCGAGCCCCGGCACGCCGCGGGGCAAAUACCGGUUUCGGGAGGCGGGGUACGAGUCUUACGAACGGGACAGCGAUGCCGAGGAACGACGACGUGCGCGGCGAGAGCGUCGUCGGCAACGGGAAGAUGAGCGGGCAUAUGGGGAAUCCGGGGCUGAGCGGAGACGGGAGCGCUCUAAGGCGAAGGAGUCGCCGGCGACAUCACCGAAGAAGCGGGACCGUGAGCGAGACCGGGAGGGGGAGAGACGGUAUCGGGGGAGGGUGGAGGAUGGGGAGAGGGAGAGGGAGAGGGAGAGGUCUCACGAUGCAGAGGCUGAGAUACGGAGGUCGCGACGGAGGGAACGCGAGCGCGAAAAGGAGAGAGAAAGGGAGAGAGAACGAGAGGCAGCGGCUGUCGCGGCGGUUUCAGGGAAGAAGAAGAAGCAUCAAAGCUCGGAUUCGACGAACAGUGCGUCCCAUCUGCUCAGCGCGGAUGCACUGGCGCGAUUAGCAGUGGAAAACGAGCGACAGGAUCGAAGAGAGCGGUCAAGAGAGGAGGACGAAGCGCGGCGAGAGCGUCGACAGCGCAAGAAGAAAGCCGCGUUGGUUGGGGCCGGCGUUGGUGCUGGUGCUGCGCUGGGCGACGAGGUAGCUGAAGGCCGGUCACGACACAGGUCCGGGGCCCGCGUUGCGUCCGGGGCCUACUUGGAAGAAGGCCGCAGUCCCGAGAUGAAGGUGCGCCGCCGUGGAGGUGGUGGUCCGGCUAUGGAAGACGACUGGAAGGACGAGGAUAGCUGGGAUGCCAGUCACGAAGGCGGUGGACGUUCCUGGAAGUUCUGGGCUUCCUGGUCCAAAAAGCAGAAGAUCGUGGUGGGCGGCGUGGUAGUGGCUCUGGUGCUGCUGGCCGUUAUCAUCCCAGUGGCCGUGAUCGAAUCGAAGAAGAACAGCGGUGGUUCGGACGACUCCAGCAGCAGCAGCUCGGGUUCCAAUUCUCUCACGGGGAAUCUCGAUGGGAUUAGUCGAGAUAGUAUUCCGGAUUAUGCACAGGGCACAUACUUAGACCCGUUUACUUGGUAUGAAACAGAGGGCUUCAAUGUCACGUUCACGAACGAGACCGUCGGAGGCUUGUAUAUCAUGGGUCUUAAUUCCUCUUGGAGUGACACGGCCCGCGCAAAUGACAACGUGCCCCCAUUGAACGAGAAGUUCCCGUAUGGGUCGCAGCCCAUUCGCGGUGUAAACCUCGGAGGCUGGCUGUCAAUCGAGCCUUUCAUUGCCCCAUCGCUCUUUGAGGGCUACUCGUCCUCUGUCAUUGAUGAAUGGACCCUCACGGAGGCCCUCGGAUCCUCCGCAAACACGACCAUUGAGAAGCAUUACGCGACCUUUCUCUCAGAAUCGGACUUUGCGGAAAUCCAAGAAGCCGGACUGGACCAUGUCCGAAUCCAAUACUCGUACUGGGCAGUGACAACCUAUGAUGGGGAUCCCUACGUCCCAAAAAUCGCCUGGCGGUAUCUCCUUCGGGCAAUCGAGUACUGUCGGAAGUAUGGACUACGUGUCAAUCUGGAUCUCCACGGACUGCCAGGUAGUCAAAAUGGCUGGAACCACAGCGGACACCAGGGCAAGAUCGGCUGGCUUAAUGGGUCAAACGGAGAAUUAAAUCGUAAUCGGUCACUCGAGAUUCACAACCAGUUAUCCACGUUUUUCGCACAAGAUCGGUACAAGAAUAUCGUGACUAUCUAUGGACUAGUCAAUGAGCCCCUUAUGCUUACCCUGCCGACGGAGAAAGUCCUCAAUUGGACGCGAGAUGCAGCGGAACUCGUUCGGAGCAAUGGGGUCGAAGCGACUAUCGUCUUCCAUGACGGCUUCCUCAACCUCGACAAGUGGGACAAUAUGUUCAAGGACCACCCGGACAACAUGUACCUGGACACACAUCAGUACACCACUUUCAACACGGGCGAGAUUGUUCUGAAUCACACCGCCAAGGUGGAUAUUAUUUGCAACAGCUGGUACUCGAUGAUUGAGGCAAUCAACAGCACCAGUUCCGGAUGGGGCCCCACAAUCUGCGGUGAAUGGUCUCAAGCCGACACUGACUGCGCUGAAUACCUCAACAACGUCGGUCGUGGCACCCGCUGGGAGGGUACCUACGACACCAGUUCGUCAACAAUGUACUGUCCGACGGCGGACUCGGGAACCUGCAGCUGCACUAAUGCCAAUGCUGAUGUAUCCGAGUACUCAGAUGCGUACAAGAAGUGGCUGCAGACCUACGCCGAAGCCCAGAUGUCCGCCUUUGAGACCGCCCAGGGCUGGUUCUACUGGACCUGGCGCACUGAGUCCGCGGCACAGUGGAGCUACCGUACGGCAUGGAAGAACGGGUACAUGCCAAAGAAGGCAUACUCUCCUUCUUUCAAGUGCGGCGACACUGUCCCUGAUUUCUCUAGUUUGGGGCUGGCUGAGUACUAUUGA